GUGAUUGAUUGGUUGUUCGUUAUUAUCUUUAGUCCUCGCCCAAGAAGUAGUCAGUAGAAAACCGGUGUGUUGCCUUUUGCUGCACACUGUUGAGUAGGUAGAUUUUUUAUUCAAUGGCGUGUAAGAACGUAUGGAAAUGUAGAAUUCUGUUCUGCUGUCUCGUAAGUGCACUGAACUCGUUAAGUCAAUGCACCGAAUCAACUGUAAGAGUUUCAAACUCAAUGGGACAUGUCGAUGUAAAACCCCCUGUGAUGGAAAAUACAACGUCUAUCCAAGGUGAAGUAAAAAUGGACGUAGGCCUACAAUCUGGAAGGCUUAUACUUGGAAACAAUGUUCGACCAAGAAAUACAUCUUUUGCUUAUCUGGAUAUGGACCUGAAACCUCAAGAUGGAACUCGGGAAGCAGACUACCAGGCGGAUAUGGAUUGGGAGGAGCCUGAGCAGCUGACUGAUCAGUUGCCCAGGACAGAAAGUGCUGCAGUGGAACGCCUCAUGCUGAUGGACCCUAGGGUGGAAUGUGACGAGGAAUCAAUGUCUCUCAGCGUCCUUCGCCCAGGUUCUAAAGGAAGUUUUGUUGUGGACAGAGGAGAUCUCCAGGCUCCCAUUCCCCUGAGCCAAUUGCCACCAAGCUGUGGUUAUACUUUGAGAUCAACACAGCAGGAUAUGGUUUUGGUUGCACCAUACAAAGGCUGUUAUGUCUGUUUGGAGGAGAAUAACUAUGUUCUACCAUUGCGUUGGUCUGGAUUACCAAUGAGAAUGUCCUGUCCAGCCAACAAGCCAUCUUCACCCAAUGUCCCAAAAGUCUCCUGUUAUCAUGAUGGCAUGAUGGUCAAGAUGGAAUGUGCCUCGUCAGAUGACAUCACUGUUAAAUUGAAGGGUCAGUGGCAGCCUCUGAUGAAGGUUUCAUCUCAGUGUGGAUACAGUGUGGUAAUGCAUCCAAAGGGUGUAGUCAUAUCUACUCGCUAUGCACCUUGUGUGAAAGCAAAGGAUGGAAUGUUCACUCUAGAAAUUGCCUGCAGGGGUGAGAUGAAACUCUCUUGCCCAGAACAACCGUUUCCAAAACUACCAAUGCUACCAAGGCCAUCCUCCAGACCUCAUGGCCAUUCUACACACACCAAGCCUGAGCCUAGCAGUCAAGGUCCUGUUGCUCAUGACCCUUCUUGGCCUUCCCCUCAGCCCCACAACCCCCCUCAGCCCUACAACCCCCCUCAGCCCUACAACCCCCCUCAGCCCUACAACCCCCCUGGGCCCCACAACCCCCCUCAGCCCUACAACCCCCCUCAGCCCUACAACCCCCCUCAGCCCUACAACCCCCCUCAGCCCUACAACCCCCCUCAUCCUCAUUACCCAAAGCCUUACACUCAGAAUCCAAAGGAUAUCACAGAGCCUCUUGAGUACCCUCCAGGUUAUCAAUUCCCAUUUUUGACUAGAACUACUGCUCAGCCAUCCAAAAAGCCUUCAAAAGUACAUCCCCCAAAGAGACUGCCGUCUCAACCAGGCAUUCCUCCACAGUGGCCUAGUGAAUACACGCUGCCUCCUCCUAGCAGUCUUCCUCUAUUCCCUCCACAGCUCUACACUGCUCCCCACCACUCAAGGCCUCACCAUCCUUCUACUUCCACACAAGGUCAGACUGAACAUGGGCACCGGCCUUCCUACAUAUUUCCCUUUUACGCUCCACCAGAAAUCCCUACCACCCAGAAGCCUAGGUUCAUGCAUACAAACAUCUUUCUAAAUGAGGGAAAAAAGCCUUUACCAACUAGGCAAACUCCUACAAGAGUUCACCCACCUUGUAAAACACGUCCUUUCUACCCUAGGACAGUGCAACCAGCAACUCGUAUGCCACAGCAUGUCCCUUUAAGAAACCCACCCAAGCCUCUGCCAAGUGUUGCUCAUGAAUCUAUUCCAAACUGUCCACCCAUCUGCCCUGCUGGACUUUCUGACUGUCCCCCCAUCAUCUUACAUCAACACUACCACUCCCAGGUUCCUUUAGGGUACAGGGAAAAUGGCAAACUUCAGCUCCCAUUUAUGUCUGCAGGUAACAACCCAUCCUUUGCAUACCCAUCACAUUGUGCAUAUCUGCCAUGUCCAAUUCCUGCCACCCCAGAAUCCACAAGUGCAUCUAAUGAAGAGCCCUCUAACUUGCCUACAAACUGGCUGGGCAUGUUCUGGAACAGUGACUCCAAUGACCCAAUUAAGUACAAGUCUGGGAUACAACGAUCUUUUGAGGCCUACAUACCUCAACCUCCUGAACAACCCAAUGGCCAUCUACCUGCCAGUGGCCCCAGCGGACCAAAACCUGACAUGCCAUCCCCAAAGCAUGAACAUCCUAAACGGCCAUAUUUUGUGCCCUACAACACACUAAUGCGUAACCAGGAUGAGCAUCUGACAGUUAAUGACCGCCACCUCGUUAAAGCUCAGCCACCAUUUUGGGGUUUUGACGGUUUAGAGUCACAGUCUCCAAAUAGUGACAGACAUAAUUUGAAAUCCAAGUCUUCAGAGCAGUCAUUUUUUGAGGUCUAUAGUCAGCAUUCUAUUCAACAGCCCUAUGAUCAAAGUGACCCCAUCAAGCUAUCUCAACAGUCUGGCAGCUCUCUGUGGCCUUCUCAACCUCCACCUCCAGUACAGGCGGAUAAGCCCUAUGAUGCACUUGCUAAGGGCCCCAAACUAUCCAACUCUCAAUUGCUUGCUAGUCAUGACUCUGAAGUUCAGCCUAAUGGUACACUUCUUCAACAACUCCAUACCCUUCUAAAUGCACCAUAUGGGAAACCUCAACCACCACCCAGAGCAGUCAACGAUGUGAGGAACUCUUCAGGCCAGCAUACCCCUGCAAACGUACCACUGGAUCAACCAGCUGGAUCUGAUGGUUUAGAGUCCCACUCUCAGGCUCUGGAAUUGUCUGAUUCUUCACUGCCUGAACACCAAAAGUCAUUCCAACAUUAUUGGGCUCCUAUCAUCACACAAGACUCUUUAAAGAAGUUUCCGAGCUUUUACCUCUCUCAAGCCUCCAGAGAUGAAGACUGACCCAAGUGGAUCUGUGAACAGCCCCAGCAAGUCAAACUGUAGUGUACUGUCAUGUUAAUAAAAUUGUAAAAACUA